UCCCGAUUGGCAUUAUCAUUUUUAACGUCAUAUCCUUAUUAUUCUUACCUGCCGGCUGUCCUACCUUGGUUUGUCCCGGUCCUGGGAUGUCUUCUCCAUCCCCGCUACUAUGUGUCCCUCACCUCGUACGGAUGCUGAUGCUAAUGCCAUUGCCUCCCCCAAUGGCCGCCAGAGUGCCUAUGCUGGCGGGGAGCUAAGCCCCUCUGACAGCGAGGAUGCGGGCUUAGGUGGUUCGCAUUACUCCUCUGGCGGCAUUGGUGCAGCUGGGGCUGGGAUUGCCGACCUUGACGAUGCUGACGACGCUGACGAAGCUGACGAUGUGAUCGGAGUCAGCAUGGGAUAUGAUCAGACUCGGCUCAAGUCUCGUACAACGCCUGCGGAGGAGAAGACGCGCAUCAUAGAGCGCAAUGGUGGAUAUAGCGGGGAUGAAGGGCUCUUUGCGGCGGACAUAACAGAGGAACCGGAAUCGCUGGCGGAUGAUGGUGAUCAGGAUAAGGAUGAAAAUUGGAGGGCUCCGGCUGGGAAAAAUGGGACAGCAGAAACUCCAGUUGCAAAGGCACAAAACUUGCGCACUGGCUUUACACGGUCUAUCUUAAAAGGUACGCUGCCGCUGCGGCCUCGCGCGUGGUCCGGCGAUAGUCAUACUGGUAGUCGGAGCGGGUUGAAGAAAUUCUUCCCGUCGUUGCACCUCCGAGCGAGCAGUUUGUCGGUUUCUCGGUAUCGUUCGCGGAGCUGGUCAUCGCGGCUUAAUCUUGAUCAGGAGAAGGGUGGUGAUGUGUCUGCGGCUCCUCAGUCACCUCAGUCACCCCAACCUCCCAACCCAAGUUCGACAGCCUCGAAUGGGACGCUGGUUACUGGCACAGCGCCUGUGGAGGACCCGAUCGGCGACUUGAGCCCCCUGCAGGCUCCGUCCGCGCGAACUCGCGGCAAACAUUCCUUUGUCGGCUCGAACCCGACGUUGCGGCGGUCGUCUUCGGACCAAUCGUUAUACCUGCGGGCUUCGUCCACCGCGUCCUCACUCGAGCAUCGUCCUCAGUACGAGCAUAUCCAUUCGCAGACUAACAGCCGCUUUAAAGCCAUCAAGGACACCUUACAGGACUCUAGCAGCCGGCUUUUGAGCAUGCCGACGCUUCACUUGCAGGAUUUGCGCAGCGAUUGGGGGUACAAGCAGUUUCUUUCUGAUGCGCACCACCGCAGGACGGAGACAAAUCAGACGGAUGACGCACUGAUCUCGACAACCUCGCCGCCCGAAGCUAAUGUGCAUUCACCCUCCGCUAUCCCGCGAGCGAAGUCGACUCGCAAGAGCGCGGCUGCGACAUACCCUGUCCUUUUUGAGGCCAUGAGCGAAUUGACCGGAGAUGUCGUGGUCAUGGGUGGCUACAGGGGCUCGAUUCUACGAUCUGCUAAGCCACCACAUCGGCAGCUCUGGGUGCCCAUGAAAGUCGGGUUGAAUCUCCGCAAGGUAGACCUAGAGGUCGGUCUGAAUCCUGAGGACGAAGAACGCAUGGAAGAAACCGUCAUUCCGGAUGGUGUUCUCUCGCACGUUGGCCCUGUCGACAUUUGCCGACGGCUCCUCAAGCGGCUGCAGAAAUGCGAGAAUGCUGUCCGCGGCGAACUGCGCGUCCACAACUACGGCUAUGACUGGCGUCUUAGCCCGCAUCUUCUCUCCCGCCGCCUCAUCAAAUACCUUGAGGGCCUUCCCUGCAACUCCCCGGAUAUACCCCCGCACAAGCGAGGCGCGUACGUCAUUGCGCAUAGUCUCGGUGGCCUCAUCACCCGGCAUGCAGUAAAUCAACGCCCUGAGCUCUUCGCGGGUGUUCUAUACGCAGGUGUCCCACAGCACUGCGUUAACAUUCUUGGGCCUCUUCGCCAUGGCGACGACGUCCUUCUUAGCUCCCGUGUGCUGACCGCUCAGGUCAACUUCACCUUUCGAACAAGCUUUGCUCUUCUUCCAGAAGAGGGCCAUUGCUUCAUCAACAAGCGCACGAAGGAGGAAUACCGCCUCAACUUCUUUGAUCCAGCAGUCUGGGAUGAGUUCCGCCUCUCCCCUUGCAUCAACCGGCCUUUGCCUGCCCCAGGCUUGUCCAGCAUUAAUCUACCUUUGCGCAAACGCUUCUCUACCAUGCUCUCCAACUCUUCUACGGAUGACAGCAUCGGUGCGGAAGAUUCUACAUCCGACCAAUCGCCGACUCCUAGCGGUCACAGCACAUCCAACUCGGUUUCAGCCGCCGCCGCCGCCGCCGCUUCCAAAAUUAAACCCCCCAAACCAAAAGGCGAAAUUCUCCCCGGCCCGACCACAGAUCCCAGGGGCUCCUCCACCACAGGGCCCAGCACUCAGCCCGUAACUAUUCCUGCGGCCGCCGCAAGAGAUUACCUCGCCCGCACGCUGUCUGAGGUUUUGGCAUUCAAGCGCGAAACUCUUCAUAGGGAAGACCACCAGAGCAGCAACAGGUACCCGCCCUUCGCAGUCCUGUACUCUAAGUCAGUGCCCACAGUCUACGGCGCUCGGGUGAACUCCCGUGAAAGUAUUAAAUACGCAGAUGCCUAUGACGAUCUAGCCUUUGCGGCCGGUGACGGGGUGUGUCUUGCCAGUGCGGCGAUGUUGCCGACGGGGUAUAGAGUCAUCAGGGGCGGGCUUGUGAAGAGUGAUAGGGGACAUAUUGGGUUGUUGGGUGAUUUAGAAGGUGUAGGGGCUUGUUUGAAGGCGUUGGUUAAGGGGAGGAAGGAAGGUGUGGGAAUCGGGGCCAUGAACUCGAGCUAAUCGAUAAUCGAUCGAUCUUGUUCUUGAAUAUACUCCUGGAAAGCUUGUUUCGGGUCUAUUUCAUUGGCAGUGGCUACUGGCUGGAGGUGUGAUGUUGGUGUUAGUG